AAUAAAAUGGUUGAAAUUUCUUGCAAUUGAAGGUACCCUUUGUUUCUUCUCCCUCAAUCAAUAAUUACUUUGUUCUUCCAUUUCAUUUCUUCCUUCAACAACGAAAACCCCCUUUUUUUGUUCUCCACCUCGAGAAGUUUCGUAAUGAGUCGUGAAACUUCUUUAACUUUAGCUCCGGUACCGACUUCCGGCCCGGCGGCUAAGAAUACUGGAGGUUCGGGGACGGCUUUAGCUCCUGGGUUUCGAUUCCACCCGACAGAUGAAGAGUUGGUUAGCUAUUACUUGAAAAGAAAGGUUUCCAGCAAGCCCGUCAGGUUCAACGCCAUUGCUGUGGUCGAUAUUUACAGGCAUGAGCCUUGGGAACUCUCAGACAAGUCGAAGUUGAAAACGAGAGACCAAGAGUGGUAUUUUUUCAGUUUAUUGGACAGGAAGUAUGGGAAUGGAGCUAGAAUGAACAGGGCUACGAGCCAAGGGUACUGGAAGGCGACGGGGAAAGAUCGAGAAGUCCGACACAACAAAAAGCUUAUGGCGAUGAAAAAGACGCUCGUAUUUCAUAGCGGGAGAGCCCCAGACGGUGUGCGAACCAAUUGGGUUAUGCACGAGUAUAGACUUGUCGAAGAAGAAUUAGAAAGAAUUGGGGCAUUGCAGGGGUAUGUGCUAUGUAGGGUAUUCCAUAAGAACAAUAUAGGACCACCCAGUGGAAACCGAUAUGCACCCUUUAUUGAGUCGGAAUGGGAUGAUGAAUCGGCAGCUUUGGUUCCGGGACUAGAUGCCGGGGAUGAUGGUGUAGCUGGAAAUGAUCCGACUGCUAGCAAUAAUGUGGUAACUGCUGAGAAGGCUGUGAAUGAAAGUAAUGAUGUUCAAAGGAUUGGUUUUGAGCAGGAGACUCGAUAUGCUGGUGAGGAUGCUCUGCCUGUUGAUGAGGUUCCUAGAGACUCGCCAAAUGAGAGAGCAGAUUACUGUAUUCCAUUGCCUCCACGCAAGGUCGAGGGAGCCGAUGAUUGCCCUCCGGUAUGUGUUCUCAAUAGAGAAGCACCCUUACCUCUUCUCCAGUACAAGAGAAGACGGAACAAUGAUUCGGCUCCCGACGAUACAAAUGCUUCCGAGAAUUCAACUCGAACAACUCAGGAUCGUUGCUCAUCGACUACGACGACAGCAGCGACGGUCACGAUGUCAUCCGCGACAACAACUGCAAUUUCUGCACUCCUGGAAUUCUCGUUGAUGGAGUCUCUGGAACCCAGACAGAAAAGUCCCCGUGUUCCUCCACCGGUAUUCAACACUACUAAUCUGGAUUCGGUGGUGCCUCCUGGCUGCAUGAAGCUCAUCAACGAAUUGCAGAACGAGAUCCAUAAGAUCUCGGUAGAGAGGGAGACGUUGAAGCUCGAAAUGAUGAGUGCUCAAGCAAUGAUAAACAUCCUCCAGUCGAGAAUCGAUUACCUUAGCAAGGAGAAUGAGGGCCUGAAGAGGAGCAACCGUGAGGGGUAGGUACUUGUGUUGUCCUUAGAUUUUCGUAUUCCAUGUAUGAAUAAAAUUGUGAUGACAUUAGAUUUGAGUUUGUUUGUUAUUGUCGUUGAACAAUUGUUGUAGCUUUCAUUUUCCUGCUUAUGAAAACUCAACCCAUUUUAUUUCA